CACAAAAGAAACUUCAAAAUUGAAGGAUUUUUGCAAAGGUUUUCGAAGAAUCAUUCAACAAUACACUGUUCUCGCUUCUUCGUCUAAAAACGAAGGGUUUCCAACUUCAACGAGGCUCAAAAAUCAUUUUUGCACAAAAUAUCAAGGUAAAACCUCGUUUCUUUCUUCGUGAUGUCCCUCCCAAGCUUGAGGAUUUGGUUGAUCGGCUCCAAGCUCUUGAAGCUGAUCUACGGGCUACUCGUCUGUCUCUUGAGUCACCUGCCACCACCUUUACUUCUCAACGUGGCCGUGGUCACGGCCGUCGCGGUGGUACUGCUGGCCGGGGGGCUGGUCGUGGCUCGCCCUCCUAUCCAAGCCCCGACUCCUCAUCCUCGUCUGCUUCCCAGCCUUCUUGGGACUCCUUCUCUGUUCGCAGUGAUGAUGAAUCUUCUCGCGGUCGUCCUCGUGUCUAUUGUCAAUACAGUGACAAGCCUGGGCAUAGCGCCAAAACCUGUUUCAGCUCUUCCCUCACCAGAGACCACCGCAGGCCAACUACACACAACAUCCUCCCUCGUCUCCUCCUACUUCGUCUCAAGGCUCCUGGCUCAUGGACUCCGUGGCCACUCAUCACGUGACAAACAAUCUUGGCAACUUGUCACUUUACUUUGAUUAUAAUGGCCCCGAUGAAAUUUAUCUUGGUGAUGGUUCAGGUUUUCGGAUCACUCAUAUUGAUUCUUCUUCUCUUCUUGCUACUAAUCAAUGCCGCAGUCUACGUGAUGUGCUAUGCGUUCCAUCUAUUAAGCAACAACUGAUAUCAGUUCCUAAAGUGUGUCGUACUAAUCCUGUGUUUGUUGAAUGGGGGCGUCCCUGCUGACUGGAAGGAACAAAGGUGAUACUUACGAAAUUCCUGGUGGCUCUGGAGUUGUUCGCGUCGCCCUUGUCACCACUCGCCACACUCCUGAUUCUUGGCAUCAUCGUUUAGGUCAUCCGUCUUCCAAGUCCUUGUUGCGUCUUCUACGAGUUCACUCUCUUCCUCAUACGGGUCGUUCGGUCUCUCUAUGUAACUCGUGUUUGUCUAAUAAGAGUCAUAAACUUCCCUUUGGGAUUCCAGUUUGUCUAGUAGUCGUCCCUUUGAUCUUUUGUUUUCCGAUGUUUGGAGUCCAGCUCCAGUAUGUUCUGUCGAUGGCUCCUCUUAUUGUUAUUGUCGAUCAUUUUACUCGCUAUACUUGGAUUUACCCUCUUAAAUUCAAAUAUGAUGUCUUGUCUGUUUUUCUUGCCUUUAAAAAGCUAGUCGAAAACUACUUCCAGACCUCUAUUCGCAGAUUCUAUAGAGAUGGUGGGGGUGAGUUUCAAAAACUUAAAUCUGAUCUCUUGGCUCAUGUUAUUACGCAUCUACUCACCCCUUCAUAUACUCCUGAGCUUAAUGGUCUCUCCGAACGCAAACAUCGACAUAUCGUUGAGACGGGUAUUACUCUGCUCCAUCAAGCUAAUCUUCCGUUGUCUUAUUGAUCGUAUGCCUUCACUACAGUUGUCUAUCUUAUUAACCGUCUAUCAUCUUCGUCACUUCGUGGUCAAAUACUUUUCACUGUCCUAUUUAAUGAAGCUCCUAAUUACUCCAAACUUCGUGUCUUUGGUUGUCUCUGUUACCCUUGGUUGAGUCUCUAUAGCUCUAAUAAGCUUGAGCCUCGUUCUCGUCCUUGUGUUUUUCUUGGUUACUCCCACCAGCAAAGCGAUUAUCGCUGUCUCGAUGCUCAGUCCGGUCGUGUGUUUCUUUCUCGUCAUGUACUGUUCCUUGAAACUAAGUUGCCAGUUGUUCUAUCUAUGUCUCCACUACAUUCUGCCGAGUCCACCUCCAUGACUUGGCUUGCCUCUAUGUCUCCUCCUGUUUCGUUCCUCCCAUGCAGGCCACAUGCUUCAGCUCUUUCCAAGUGGCUUCGUCAAACCCGCCUCUGAUUCCUCUCUCUUUGUUUACUUGCAUGAUGGCGUUCUGGUUUAUUUUCUCAUGUACGUCGAUGACUUGCUCCUAACUGGCAACAAUGUCGCAUUCUUGUCUACCUUUCAAACCAAGCUCUCGAAUCGCUUCUCGCUCAAGCAUUUGGAGCAUGUGCAUUACUUUCUUGGCAUUGAAGUCAUUCCCAAUUUAGCUGGCUUCCUCCUGUCAUAGCACAAGUACGUCACAGACCUUCUUCCCCUCUUUCAAAUGAAUGAGGCGGCCCCCGCCUCGACUCCGCUUGCUUCUACCGCUCGGCUUACACUAGCUGAUGGUUCUUUCCCCGGUGGAUACCACUUUGUAUCGUCAAGUGCUAGGAGCGCUUCAAUAUCUUGUCACUACUCGUCCAGAUAUUGCUUUUUCUGUCAACAAGUUAUCUCAGUACAUGCAUUCUCCUACCUCGACACAUUGGUAACAUGUCAAGAGACUCCUGCGUUACAUAGCUGGUACGCGCACUGUGGGUCUUUAGAUUCUUCAUCAGUCCCUGCCUCUUUCACUUCGUAUCUUCUCCAACUCUAAUUGGGCAGGUGAUGUGGAUGACCGUACCUCGACUUCUGGAUUUCUCCUCUAUCUCGGUGAUACUUUACUCUCUUGGAAGUCCAAGAAACAACGUACUGUUGC